AUGACCUUCUUAACUUUUUGGAUACUGUUCCCUCUUCUGGUAUGUGCUGAGCUGGCGCAGACUCAAGCGUCCCGGCUGGAUUGUGUCCGGGCUCAUGAGCAGUGCCUGGGCCGCUAUGGCUGCAGCUCUGCUUUCCGCACAAUGAGGCAGUGUUUGGCAGGUACAGGGGGCAACUUCAGCGCACUGAACGAACCCGAGGCACAAGACGAGUGCAGGAAUGCCAUGGAGUCCAUGAGACAGAGCUCUCUGUAUAACUGCAAAUGCAAGAGAGGCAUGAAGAAAGAGAAGAAGUGCCUGCGCAUCUUUUGGAGUGUCUAUCACAGUUUACAGGGCAAUGAUUUGCUGGAGGACUCUCCAUACGAGCCAGUGAACAGCCGUCUGUCUGACAUAUUCCGCCUGGCUCCCAUCAUAUCAGGUGAAGCAGCGUUUAGCAAAGACAACAACUGCCUGAAUGCAGCCAAGGCCUGCAACCUGAAUGACACGUGUAAGAAAUACCGCUCAGCUUACAUCAGCCCAUGUACCAGCAGGGUCUCCACCACUGAGGUGUGCAACAAGCGCAAGUGUCACAAAGCCCUGCGCCAGUUCUUUGACAAGGUGCCAGCCAAGCACAGCUAUGGUAUGCUUUUCUGUUCGUGUCCAUCUGGAGAACACUCCGCGUGCUCAGAGCGCAGACGCCAGACCAUCGUGCCAGCAUGCUCCUAUGAGGACAAGGACAAGCCCAACUGUCUGUCCCUGCAAGCCUCCUGCAAGACCAACUACAUUUGCAGGUCUCGCCUGGCUGACUUCUUUACCAACUGCCAGCCUGAGGCUCAUUCGAUAUCUGGCUGCCUGAAGGAGAGCUAUGCUGACUGUCUGCUGGCUUACUCUGGCCUUAUAGGUACAGUGAUGACCCCGAAUUACCUGCGCUCAAGCAUCAGCGUGUCUCCCUGGUGCGACUGCACCAGCAGUGGCAAUGGGAAGCCCGAGUGUGACAAGUUCUCGGAAUUCUUCACUAACAACCGCUGUCUCCGUAAUGCUAUCCAAGCUUUCGGGAAUGGUACAGAUGUUGGUGUGUGGCAGCCUCAGCCGCCCAUCCAACCAACUGGCCAUUCCAGCACUCUUCACAGAGGACAGGAGAGGACACUUAAUGGGCUGGAUGACCCAGAUUUCACGAAUGAACUGAACCCCAGGAAUGGUCACCACCUCUACAGCUUCUGUGGAAACCUCCAGGCACAGAAGCUAAAGUUGAACAUCACAGUGGAUGUUGUGUGUGUGGACCCUGCUCUGGCUGACCCAAGUAGCUUCAACGCUAUAUCAGGAAGCUCAUCCAGCCUUGUCCACUCACUCGCUGUCCUCUUUGUUCUCCAGCUGUUGAAUUUGUAGCCGCUCUCAGUUAAAGACUGCUGCUGUACCAUACUCACAGUUCCUCUAACGCAACUGAUGCUGUACCAAGUGUGAUGUCUAGAUGUGCUAAAGCCAAUUUCCUUUUUGAUUCCUGAUGGACAAAAAUGGAGACCGUCACUGACAUGGAAAUAAAAGGUCACCGAUCAAAAAAUAAUAAUAAUAAUUAAGUGGACACCUUUGUCACACAUUUGCUCUCAAUGUGGUAACUUGUGUUGGAAAUUAUAUUUUGUUUUGGAGGUUUAUCCAUCCAUGGUGUUGAAAAGGAGUUAUGGAGAAAAAUAAGGAUCAUUAAAUGCAUUAAGAUGGACCCGUACUUCAGAAAGUCCCUUUUGGCUAAUGGGAAAAGACGCUACAAUUUACAGAUGCUAAUUUUCCUGGAGACAAGCUUGUAAACUCUUGUGCUCAGCUGUCCAUGCGACAGCCAAAAUCCCACAUCUCUCAGAAAAGCAUCUGCCUUCUAAUCCAGUCCAUUAGCUCUUUCAACAUGAACAGUCAUUGUUCCCCUGUGUGUCUCCAGCAUGGCCCUGAUACAGACUGAGCCUUAGGGCAAAAACAUGAGACAGAAAAAAACCCUUCAGGACUAUUUUACAAACAGGGGAAUAUUUGCUGCUCGAUGUUGUUCAAGUAAGACUUUAAAGGAUAAAUGUUCAGCUUCAAUUGCAUUAUUUUUUUGGAGGAGAAACAUUUAUUUACUCUACUUUUAAAAUGCCACUUUUUUUUGGUUUAGGAUGGGUUUUAAUUUAUCUGAACAUAAAUUUUGUGCAUAUAUGCCAUAAUAUUACCACUGCUGGGUAAAAGGUCACCUGAUGUGUUUUAACUGUGUACAUUAAUGUUAAAUAAAUUGGAAGCAAAAAAAAAAAAAAAAAAAAGAGAGACAAAGAUUUGAAUGUUAAAAGCCGU